UUUUUAUCUGUGUCACUGAUUAUCCAUCACUUUCUAGCAAGCUUUCACUACAGGCAGGGUUCUGCAGAAGCCUACUGCGCACCUGCUAUGUUGAGGACACGUCAUAGAGCCAAACCCACAGCAUGAGGUUUGACUUCUGAGGGUUUGCGUCAGCCCGACAGACACAGCAGUCCCAGGAGACAGUGGGGAAAGCAUCAGGAAGAAGUUGGUCAGACGAAACCAAGGUCGAGCUAUUUGGCAUCAGCUCGAGCCACCGUGUUUGGAGGAUGGGAAAAAAUGUACAGGGCCACUUUACCACUUUGAGGAGCCAAUGAAGAGAGCUGUUUACCGGAGAAGAAAAUCUCCUUACCUCGCUACAAGAACACUUAACAUGGGUUGUGAAUGGGUCUUGACAACGAGCCAAAUCGUAUUGCCAGGGCAACAAAGGAGUGGCUCAAGAAGAAGCAUAUUAAGCGUUGCAAGUGAGCUGGAGCUUAUCCCAGCUGACUGUGCGAGAGGCGAGAUGCACCCUGGACUGGUCACCAGCCAAUCGCAAGCAAUCGUGUGUGGACACAGCCAAGGUCUGCCCACCCCGACACCUCUCCCUCCCUACCUGGAUACACGUGAAGCAGCAGCAUGCAUGCGGCUGACGCCGAGGCUGCAGACAACCAGCACGGCGCAGCGGAGAGGAUGGAGAGGACGCCCGCGGCGCAGAUGCAGCGUCGGACCGACGACCAGCACCAGGGACCGUCUUCGGCAGCACACGGCGUGCUCGAUAAACUGUUUGGAAAGCGGCUUCUGCAAGCCAGACACUACAUAUUGUCUCGCAAGUCCUGGCUGAAGAUGGUUCCCACAGAAAACUGUGACAUCCUGAUGGCAUUCCCAGAUUCAAUAGAUGACCACACUCUGCUGUGGCUCCUAAAUCAAAUCCGUGUUGGAAUCCCACAAAUCAGUAUUCAAGUCCGGCAGCAUAAACAUACUCAGGCUUAUGCCUUCUUCAUCACCACGACAUUUGAAAACUUACUGCGGGGAGCGGAACAGAUGAGCAUGCACAAGGCCGUCAAGCCGCAGUUUGGCGGCGGGAUGCGACGCUUCUGCUGUGAAGAGGACAACAUCUAUGAGAACAUAGAGAGCGAGCUGUGCUUUUUUACAUCGCAGGAGCGUCAGAGCAUCAUCAAGUAUUGGCUCGACAAUCUGCGAGCCAAACACGGGGAAGCUCUUCACAACAUUCACUUUCUGGAGGGUCAACCCAUCAUUCCAGAGCUGGUGGCCCGUGGUGUGAUCCAUCAGAUGUUUCCUCUCCAUGAGCAGAGGAUCCUUAAUCAGCUGAUGACAUCAUGGGUCCAGGCUGUUUGUGAAAGGCAGCCCUUAGAUGAUAUCUGCGACUACUUCGGAGUGAAGAUUGGCAUGUACUUUGCCUGGCUUGGUUUCUACACCAACUCCAUGCUUUACCCUGCCGUCAUUGGCUUUCUCCUGUGGAUACUUGCAGAAGCUGAUCAGACCAGUCAGGAUAUAUGCUGUGUGGUAUUUGCACUCUUCAAUGUUGUGUGGGCAACCUUGUUUCUCGAGCGUUGGAAGAGGCGAGAAGCCGAGCUGGCGUACAGGUGGGGCACCCUUGACACCCCCGCAGAGUCAUUGGAGGAGCCGAGACCACAGUUCAGGGGUGUAAAACGCUGUAGUCCCAUAACAGGCUGCGAAGAAUUCUACUAUCCUCCAUGGAAGAGGGCUGUGUUCAGAUGGCUGGUCAGCCUCCCCAUCUGCCUCCUCUGUCUCUGUUUUGUCUUCCUUAUCAUGCUCCUCUGUCUGGAACUGCAGGAAGUGGUUAUGGAGAUUCAGGAGCUACCUGGCAUCGCAAGAUUUAUUCCCAAAAUCCUGCUGGCCAUUACUGUAACCAUAUGUGAUGAGGUUUAUAAGAAGAUUGCCUACUGGCUCAAUGACAUGGAAAACUAUAGACUUCAGAGUGCCUACGACAAUAACCUCAUUAUCAAGAUGGUUUUCUUUGAAUUCAUCAAUUCUUACCUAAGUCUUUUCUACAUUGGAUUCUACCUCAAGGAUAUGGAGCGACUAAAGGAGAUGCUUGCAACACUGCUGAUUUUCCGUCAGUUCCUCCAGAACAUUAAAGAGGUCCUCCAGCCUUACCUCUAUGAACAAAACAAGCUGGGUGUCUUCACCCCCAAGGUGCUGUGGGAACUCCUGCAAGCCAUCACGGUCAAGUAUGGCCGCCUGGCUCUGGGAAAGGCCCAAGCGUCAAUGACAGCCUACUCCUUCCUGGGGCUCAGGGGACUCCCAGCCAGCGACGGCACAGGCACGGACACACAGCCAAAGACGAGAGGGGAUUUGAAAGCUGGUUUCAGACUGUCGGAAGAAGAGUGGGAUAUGAAUGACAGUGCUCUGAAGCAACGAAAAGUCAGCUUUACAGAGAAGGUCGACUACCAGGAUGUCGCGGCGGAAACACAGAUGGCGGAUGACAACUUCCCUGAGGACAGCCCCACUCUAGUAGAGGACGGAAUGGAUCCAUCGAGUAUUUUUGACAGUUGUGAUGAGGACAGCGACCUUGAAUUCCUGGAGGUCAAAGAGAAUCCCACUGUGUACUUCUCAAGAGAAUCAAACGGUCUCCGACAGAGAAGAAAAACUGUGGAAGAGGCCAAAGGGGAUAAGAAGUCCUGGAUUGAUCCACCAGAAGAACCCCAAACUGUCACUCUUGCGCAGGCUGAGAUUGAAAGCUGUAUGCAGACCUAUGAGGAUACACUUCAGGACUACCAAGAGAUGUUCAUUCAGUUUGGCUACGUGGUGCUCUUCUCCUCUGCAUUCCCCCUGGCAGCCAUGUGCGCGCUCAUUAACAAUAUCAUCGAGAUCCGCAGCGAUGCCCUCAAGCUCUGCACGGGCCUGCAGAGGCCCUUUGGCCAGAGGGUGGAGAACAUUGGGCAGUGGCAGACUGCAAUGGAGGCCAUGGGCUUGAUAGCCAUUAUGGUUAACUGUUACCUUAUUGGUCAGUGUGGUCAACUGCAGCGCCUUUUCCCCUGGUUGAGUCCUGAGAUGACCGUCGUCUCCAUUGUUUUGCUGGAGCACUUUGCCAUCCUCCUAAAGUACAUCAUCCAUGUUGCCAUCCCUGAUAUCCCCGGUUGGGUAGCAGAAGAGAUGGCCAAGCUAGAAUAUCGACGAAGGGAAGCUUUCAAGAGGCAUGAGCUACAGGUGCAGCAACAUUUCCAGCAGCAGCUUAGACGUCGCCGCGAGGAGGAGGGACUUCAGCGUCAGGCCGAGGCGCGUCAGGAGAGCGAGUGCCACAAGUCGGACGCUACUCACCAGCACCACCAGGAGAAGGCUGCAGGUGGCAAGCCCAAAAGACCCAGCUCUCUGCUCGGGAACAACAACGUGAUGAAGCUGAAGCAGAUCAUCCCACUUCAGGGUAAGUUCUCCUCCGGCAGCUCCCGCUCCCCAGCUCAGUCACCCACCGGGGGAGAGGCCAAGCUGCCAGGAUUUCUCAAGUUUUUGAAGUCAACAGAGUUGAAAAAAGAGCCAGCAACAGCUGCCGGUUCACCCGGAUCAACGGGGAGCUGUUCGACCACCCCUAGUGGCCUGGAGCGAAAUCAAUCUCCCAACAGGACAUUCAGUCCGGGUAAGCUCUUCAGUUUCAGCAAGACGGAGGGAACUGUGGUGUGUGCUAACGGGACACAGCCUCCCAGCCAGACGGAGAGUUGUCAUGCCAACAGGGCUGAACCCAACUUAACUCAUGAGGAGUUAACAUCAAAUGAGUCUGAUAAAGGAGAUGGUGAUUUAGAAAGCUCAGGCUUGAAGAAUUAAUACACAUUUCCAGUGUCAAAACAAAAAAGAUGCACUAUUUGCAAUGGUAAUGAGCGGGUUAAACCCUGACAGACACCCGCACAGUGGUGAAACGUGAAGUCUGGCAUAUGGAAAGCCAUUUGAGCAUUUAUUCCAUAUCCUUGAUAUCCAGGUUAAGGUCUAUGUACAGUGAACACAGAAUAUUCGCAGUUAAUCAUUCACAGAUUUGCCCACUCACUGAUUUUGGGGGGGAACCUAUACUAUGUUGUUUCCUAUAAAACUCCAUCUAUCCAUCCAUUUUCAAAACCGCUUAUCCUGGUUAGGGUCGCGGGACGCUGGAGCCUAUCCCAGCUGACUUCGGGCGAAAGGCGGACUACACCCUGAACUGGUCGCCAGUCAGUCGCAGGGCACAUACAGACACGGACAACCAUUCGCACUCACAUUCACACCGUCACUGAGUGGGAACUGAACCCACGCUGCCUGCACCAAAGUCAGGCAAGUGUACCACUACACCAUCAGUGACUUGCUAUAAAACUCACCAAUUCAUUUUUUUGUUGUUGUUUCUCAGGCCAAAACCAUGUUUAAUAUAAAAAUAUCGCUUUGGCGUCAUUUUGUAGCAUAUUGGGGCCAAGGAAUUAUGUUGAUGUGUGUUGAAGAGCUUCAUUUAGUCAAGGCUAUAUAUAGCCUUGUCUAAUAGAAAGAAAAGUGCUUUGACACCAUCUUGUGGCUUCCAUCGGCAAUUACAAAUCGUUUUGGGUGGGUGUUGAUUACUUGCGGAUUUUCAGUAUUCGUGGCAGGGCUUAAUGAUGAUUUUAUUAACUAAGGGGAAAAAAAUCCAAACAUAUCUGGAGCUAUGUGAAAAAGUAAUUGCCACCUGAACCUACCAUGGCAGCGAUAAAUGAAAUCUUAAGUUUAAUACCAGAUGUAACACAUGUAGCACACCUUCCAACUACUGCCCUAUAUUGUCUUUGUGAGGACAAAGAGCGUACUAGCACAUGUCAUGGACUUUUAAUUGGAUAUCAAGGAUAUGCAAUAAACACUCAAACGGCUUUCCAUACUGGCAGACCACAUGGAAGGUCAACAGUUAAAUGCACCUUACUUUGCACAAAGCAUCCAACUAUGUAACAGUUCUCACAGCUUCCAUGUAAAUACAUGUACAGUACAGUGAAUGUGACUGAGUGAAUCCUUUUCUCUUGAGAUUUAACUAUUGCAUGGCUCUGUCCCAUUCCAGGUUUGGAAUUCCUUUUCAAGCCUGCAUUGAAUGCAUAUUGUGCACGAGACACCUGUUCAUGAUGUGUUAUUUAGCACUUUAAAAAGCCAUUGUAUUCUUCUGCAAUAGCCUACAUUCUAGUCAC